GGCUGGAUGAGACUCACCGAGCCGCCGUCUGCUCCGUUAUCUCACCGUAAAGCGGUCACACAUCAUCAGCACGCUCACCUGGAGGCUCACCUGUCGGUAUGGCCAUGUCAACGUUUCAGAAGGUCACCCUCGCGACGUGUCUCGUGCUCUGCGUCGCGCUGCUGCUGCCCAAAAUGCUGCUGUCGCGAGGCAGGAAGGAUGCUGCGGAGCGGCCGGACGGCUCAGGUCACUUCCCUCCCAUGAUGCACCGUCAGAUGGCGCUGGAGGGUCGAGGUCAGCGGGCCGCCGGCUCCAGCUUCUCCAGAGCUCAUAACCCUGAGGCCAUAGCCAGAGCCAAGGGAGCAGGGACAGGAGCCGGGACGGGAGGGAAGUCCAACCUGGCGGGACAGAUCAUCCCCGUGUACGGCUUCGGGAUCCUUCUCUACAUCCUCUACAUCCUGUUCAAGAUCACGUCGAAGGGGAACAACAAACCAUCAGAGAGCAGGUUUCCUUCAGUUCGCUCAGAGAACAUGAAGAGAAAGAUCACCGACUUUGAGUUGGCGCAGCUGCAGGACAAACUGAGGGAGACGGAGCUGGUGAUGGAGAACAUCGUUUCUAACGCCCACCACAGUCCUGACAGGGUGAAAGGGGUGACGGCGGAUCAGGAGGAGAGUCUCCUGCAGCAGCUGACUGAGAUCACUCGAGUGAUGCAGGAGGGCCAGCUGGUGGACAACAUAGCACCAGAGAAGAAGAGCCAGGAGGACUGGGAAGUAUCAGCUGACAAAUAUAGACAGAAGCCAAAAGGAGAGGAGGAACGCCCUCACUGCUGCUGUCAUCACGGUCAGCAGCACCGCCAUCCACAGACGGAGACAGAGACGGAGAGGACGCAGGCUGACGGAGACGACCUUCCUGAGGAUGUUACAGGUGGAGGACAGGCUGCUGACGGAGCGGAGGACCUGAACAGAUACAGAGAGUCUGAUAUGACAGCAGGAAGCGAAGAGGAUGUGACAUCAGAGGGAGAUCUAAAGGACAGGGCGAACGUGAAUGAACACACGGAGGGAGCAGGUGACAUCGACCUGGGCGUCCCAGAGGAGGACCUGGCUGCUGUCCUGAAGGAGCUGGAGCUCACUCUGAAGAUGACGUCCAUGAUGGAGCAGGAGAAGAUGGAGGACCUCAGCAGAACCACGGAGACAGACACUUCCUGCGGCGCUGUGAGGCGGAGGAACAAGAGGAGGAGAGCGAAGAAAGCUUCACAUUGACUCCGACAGGACUGAACUCCAGCCGGCUGUCUGUGAGAACGGCUGCUGCGUCUUCUUUUAAAUCUGAACCUGAGUCUGAACCUGUCUCCAUCAGACGGGCAGGAGGAGCAUGAGAGGUGGUGAACACAUGAGCGUGUGUCGCCGGCUUUGUUUCUCUUUACUUGAAGUGAGUCAGUGAGAAAAUGUGAGAACACAACAGUUUUAUA